AUGCUUAUCUUAACUGCCCCCCGAUUUAUGAACAAUACAAAGUUGGCCAGUACUCGUCGACUUGCCUCUUCUCUUUUCUCGCAGGCCUCCUUACGCUCUAAGCUUCCUGCCACAGCUGCCGCCUCUUACUCUACCAUCAAGGGAGGUUCUCUCAAAGACCGCCUCACUGAGCUUAUCCCCCAAAAGCAAGAAGAAAUUAAAAAGUUUCGUUCUGAACAUGGCGGAGAUGUUGUAGGUAACGUCACCGUCGAUCAAAUGUACGGUGGUGCCCGUGGUAUUCGCUCCUUGGUUUGGGAAGGCUCCGUCCUCGAUCCUAGCGAAGGUAUUCGUUUCCGUGGAUACAGCAUCCCCGAAUGCCAAAAGCUUUUGCCCUCUUCUCCCAACGGAAAGCAACCCCUUCCUGAAUCUCUUUUUUGGCUUCUCGUCACCGGUGAGGUCCCCACCCUUACCCAGGUUCAAUCUUUAUCUGCUGAAUGGGCUGCCCGCUCUCAGCUCCCUAAAUUCGUAGAGGAACUCAUCGACCGUUGCCCUCCUUCUCUUCAUCCCAUGGCUCAAUUCUCCCUUGCCAUCACUGCUCUCGAGCAUGACUCUGCCUUUGCCAAGGCUUAUGAGCAUGGUCUCAACAAGCAUGACUACUGGAAAUACACCUAUGAAGACUGCAUGGAUCUUAUCGCCAAGACUGUUCCCAUUGCUGGCCGUAUCUACCGCAACAUUUACCGUGACGGUAUUGUUGCCCCCAUCCAAGUUGACAAGGACCAUUCUUACAACUUUGCCAAUGUCUUGGGCUUCGCUAACAACAAGGAAUUCGUUGAGCUCAUGCGUCUUUACUUGUCCCUCCAUUCUGAUCAUGAGGGUGGUAAUGUCUCUGCUCACUCUGGCCAUCUCGUCGGUUCUGCCCUUUCUUCCCCUUUCCUCUCUAUGGCUGCUUCUCUGAACGGUCUUGCCGGUCCCCUCCACGGCCUCGCCAACCAAGAGGUUUUGAGCUUCUUGAACACUAUGAAGGAGGAAAUUGGUGAUGACUUGUCUGAUGAGCGUAUCAAGAGCUACUUGUGGGAUCUUUUGAAGUCCGGUCGUGUUGUCCCUGGUUAUGGACACGCUGUUCUCCGCAAAACCGAUCCUCGUUACACUGCUCAACGUGAGUUUGCUCAAGAAUAUCUCCCCAAGGAUCCCAUGUUCCAGCUUGUGAGCCGUCUUUACGAAGUCGUUCCCGCUGUCUUGACCGAACACGGAAAGACCAAGAACCCCUUCCCUAACGUCGAUUCUCACUCUGGUAUUCUUCUUCAAUACUACGGCUUGAAAGAGCAAAACUUCUACACUGUUUUGUUUGGUGUUUCUCGUACCUUGGGUGUUGCUUCUCAAUUGAUCUGGGAUCGCGCUCUUGGUUUCCCCAUUGAACGCCCUAAGUCCUUCUCUACUGAAGCUUUAAAAAAGCUUGUUAAUGCUAAGUAA